UUUGUUUCACAGAUUGGCAAUACUGAAUUCAGGACUCAGGAUUGACAAGAAAGGAAGCAAACAAGGAAGCAACAAAAAGGAACCUGUUGUGCACAGAAGGCAGUGGAAUGAAGAUACGCCGCGAAUACAAAUCCCAUAAUGAACACCAAAAUAAACCAUGAAUAUGCUUCUAAUUCAUAUAAUGGAGGUAUUAUGGGAAAUGAUAGUCCAGGUGCAUUAUUAGAUAUGCUCGCAGAAGUUGCAUCUCAGACAUUACAUUCAGAGAAAAAGCGUAGUAAAUUAUCACUACCAUCACAAUGCAAGUCAAAAACAGAUUAUGUAAAAAGAAAAGCUCAUGAAUUAACCUUUAAUGUGCCACAGCUUCUCUCUAUGCCUGCAUCACAAUUAGUUAAACAAUUUUCUAUUUUCACAAGUGAUGAAUUAAAAAGGCAGUACUCAUAUACAUGUGCUCUUGUCAUUGGAUGUGUACAAAAAUAUACUAGUUUUGCAAGCGAAGGAAGAGCAAGAAUGUCUAUUAAAGCACAUUUAGCAGAACAUUUAGAAUAUUUAAAAACUAAUAAAGAAGCAUAUAAAACUUUUACUGCAAAGUCAGUAAGUUACAAAAAUUAUAAAAUUAGUCCUCAAAGUAAGAAAUGCAGAUUACAACAAUCACGGAAACCACAGGAAACAUUAAAUAAAGAGAAUAAGAAUGUUAUUACAGAAAAAUCAACAAAUUACUUAAGAAAUAUUCUGUUAAAUGAUUUGACUUUUAAUGAGUUAGAUAAAAAGAAAAAUGUUGAAGCAGUAGAAAAUUCUAAAAAAAUACAUAAUUCUGAACAGAAAGAUACAGAAAGAAUGGAUUUUAAAGUUCUUGGAGAUCAUAGUUAUUUUGAACGCUUAAAAGAUGAAAUUCCUAGCAAGAAAGAAACAUCACCAUUUAACAAUUCUCUUGAAAAUAUGACAGAUGAAAAUAUUGUACUUAUGGUUGUUGGUGCUGACAGUGUUCAUAUGAAAGAAUAUCCACGUAUUAAUAAAAAAUUGUCAGAAAAAAUCAAUCAAAAAUCUGAUACCGUUUAUUUGCCAGAAAUAUCAUGGUCAACUGAAAAUGGUGACAAAAAUACAGAAAUUAUAACUAGUAAACCCAAAGGAAAAGCAAAAUUUAUAGGUACUAGUAAAGAAGAAAGAGAAAUGGCAUUAGCUUUUAUGGAUCGUAUAAAGAAAAAGGGAAAUCCAACUGGAAGUAAUCUUGAAUGUCGAAUUUGUAAUCCACCACGAAGUUUCACAGCACCUACAACAUUGGUGUCUCAUUAUCGCAGUCAUGCUGGAAUAAAACCAUAUGAGUGUCGUAUAUGCAGAGCAGUUUUUACGAGAAGACAUAGCUUGAAAUAUCACAUGUUAAUUCAUCAAAAUCAAACGCGAUUUACAUGCGCUGAUUGUGGAAAGAAAUUUAGGCAUCCAUCACAUUUCAGAGAACACAGACGUAGACAUACUGGUGAAGCACCAUUUGGAUGUGAUGAUUGUGGACAACGAUUUAAAACAAGAAACACUUACAAACGUCAUUUAAAAACAAGACAUGGAAAAGUUCUAACAACUACUGGAGAGUUGCUGUAUCUGUCGGAAGAAGAUUUUCAAAAAGUUCGAACUAAUAGGAAGAAAAAGAGUAAUACAAAUAAAGAUCACAUAAUAGAUGAAGGCAUAAUUGCAACAAAAACAAUCAUGCAUUGUCAAAAUGAUAAUGAUCAAUUACAAAAUACUGCAACUGAGGAGUAUAUUAUAAAUAAUGAUACUAUUGAUAGUGAUAAAAAUUGGAAAUCAAGUGAUACAAUACAAAUUAUUAAAAAUUGUUUUGAAACUUACGAGGUGUGUUCAGAACCUCAUUUAAAUAAGACUGAAUCGAUAGAGACUGAAUUAUCUAUAAAAAAUAGAGUUUUUAAUAAAGAUGAAAAUAGUUUAUCAGAUGAAUAUGCAGAUAAAGUAGAAGAUAAAUUGCCACAGUUGCAAAGUGGUUCUUAUAUUAAGUUAGAAAUAGUUAAAGAUGGAAAUAAUCAAAUCAUAUGUCAUGAAAAUGUUGGUCAACCUGAAAUAAUUUAUCAUAAUAUAAAUGAAGCACCAUCAUAUAUUAAAGUAGAAUAUAGCAACUUAGUUAAUGAUUUAGAAAAUGAGAAUAGUAUAGAAUUUCAAGAAAAUUUUAAAUUCGCUGAAAAUCAAAUUAAGAAUCCUAUACAUAUAAUUAAUGAAACUGAAAAUUAUUUUGAUGAGGAAUCCAAUAAUUCUGUAAGUGAACAACAAACAAAAUUAAUGCAAGUAGAUACCCAUAUUAAAACGAAGAACAAAGAUAGUAAUGAACAUAUAAUACUUAGUCAAGAACAUAUCAAAUAUGAAAAAGAAAAUAAUGAUAUUACUACUCUUAAUUGCAAACCUUUUCAAGAAAUGGAGACCCAUGAGAUUGUUUCAGAAGACUUAAUAGAUUUAAAUACAUUGCAAGGAAUUAAUCAAAUUACUAAUAAAACAAUAUCAAUUACGGAAACUUUAGCGAAUCAAAAUGAAGAUUGUCUAUUGCAAGACGAUAAAAAAUUAAGCAAUUAUCAAACAGUUAUAACAAAUUCGAUAAAGAAUCGAGUGAUUGCAUCUCCAAAUUAUGUUUUUGAAAAAGAUCAAAAGUUAUUAAACCAAGUUGAGCAACGCUUAUAUAUUCAUAAUGAACCUUUAACUAGUAUAAUAGUACAAAAUAAAUGCAUUAAUAUAUUUCCACAAACUCAAUCAAAAACACAAUUAAAUAAAAGUAAAAAAUUUACGCUCUUGAAUAAACACAUGCAAGCUAUUAAUAUAAACCAAAAUGAAAAUCAAAAUACAAUUUUGUUGUUGACCAAUAAUACGUUACAAAAUAAUAUCCUUAAAAUUGAUCAAAAUAAUACUGCUGAUACUGAAAUUAAAGAACAGAUAUUUGAGAAAAGUAAGUAAGCAUUAAAAGUUUUUUCAUUUUUUCUGAAUCAGGCAUUUGCAUUAAAAAAGAUAUAAUUUUAAGAUAAAUUCCCUAUUUCUAUGGAUACAGUUUUAAUAAAAAUGCACUUGUAGUAUAAAUAAUACUACAAUAAUGUUUUGAAUUUUUGUAUAUGUAAAUAUUGUUAGAAGUGUAGAUUUAAUAAUCUUUUAUUAUUUGAAGAAAGAAAGUUCAAUAUAUAUAAUAAUAAUUCUUCAAAAAAGAAUGCAUUUAAUAAAAUAUUUUUAUAUGAUUUCGAUCAUACAAAAUACACAGUAUUAGCAUAGCUUUGAUAUAUAAUAAAGUUUAAAAACUAAAUAAAAAUGCAUUUAUAUAUAUACAUACACAUAUAUUGUUUUCAAGUGACAUAAAAUUAUUUCUAAAACUGUUCAACCUAUAAUUUCUGGAAACAAAUUAUAGAUGUCAUAAAGUUUUUAUUAGGCAUUCCAGAUGUUAAAAUUGAAAAAAUGGCGUUUAUUAAAUUUUCUAUAACAUUUUUUAUGUAUAUAUUAACAAAUCAAUUAUAUAAAAGUUAUUAUUCAUUUACUUACUACAGUAGAAAUUUAGAUACUUAAUAACAAUUAUAUUUGUUGUGUGCCAAAUAUUGGAAAAUGUAGUACAAAUUCAUAAUUUGCUUAACCAAACAAAUUUUUAAUAACACUGGUGGUUACUUUCUAAGUUCUCAUAUAUUUUGCUUAAACGAAUUACAAAAAUAUUGUUCAUUAUAUUUUAUAUUUAUUUUAAGCAAUUUAUGGAGAAUGUAUUACCUGUUUCUAUUUGUAGCACACUUUCUUCUUUUAUACAUAUAGAUCAUAUUUUUAUCGCAAAAUGUACAACAUUUAUAAACAGCAAAUAAUCAUAUUCAUUGUGCUAUCUUUUUUAAUAUUUUGAGAUACUUAUAUUUCUUCAAAUAUAGCUCAAAAAUGUCUUCCAUAAAAAUUUAAGGUUUUCUUGAUAUUAUACAUAUUCUCAACGUUUUCUUAUAAAAAUAUAUAAACAAUUUAUUAUUAUUAUCUUGCAGAUAUUAAUAUUCAAGGAAUAAUAUAAUAUAUUGAAUAUAUUUGCUAAAAAAAAGUUGAGUAAUUUAUAUUGCAGUAUUUCAUUACAGAAAACAAAUUUCAAAAAUUCAAAUUAUUAUACAUAGGUGACUUUUAAAAAUUCUCUUUCACUCAAAACAACGAUUAUAAAUAUCAAUGAAUAAAAAUAAUAGUGAAAUUAACAUGCAUAAAUAACAAAUUCGGGUUUUUUACUGCUUGAAGCUUAAUAUUGAAAAUUUACAUAAAAUUUUGUAUAUCUUUUCUAAAGAUAAAGUACAACUAAAACUUUUUAAUGAAAAUAUAUUUUAAUGUAAAGUUUCAAAAAUAAAAAUGUCAGUGUCUUAAGGUAUAUGAAUAAGACAGAAGCAUUUCCUGUAUCUCUGUAGAAACAUGUAAACAAAUAAAUUGAUUAAAUAUUAUAUAAAACAUAAAAGGAAAGAAGUAACAAAUUAUUUUCGCAAAAAUUUAUAUAUUACAAAAUAUAAUGUGCCUUGUAGGUAUGAUAAAGUUGGUUAUUAAUAGUAUAUCAUAAAUACAAUAAUAAUUACAUAAAAAAUAUUCAUACAUAUACUUUGUACUAAUUUUUUAUUAUCAUUUGUAAUAAACGUUAAAAGCUUACAACAAUGUUAAUAUAAAAAGUAAUUUAGUUAUAUAUUGUAUUUUUAUACUCAUUUUGUACUUAAAACAAUAAAAUGUUUAAAAGUUAUUUGAUAAUAUAAUUAUGAACAAAAUAUACAUUUUCUCAAAAUAUUUUGUAUAGUGGUGUGUAAUUCUCAGCUUUUUAUAGUUUUGAAUAUUUUUGUAAUUCCCAAUUUUUUAUAUCUAUAGAAACUUGACAACAGCAAUAAAGGAAGAAGAGUAAUACAAAUGUACUAUACCAUGUAUCUGUAAUGAAACAUGCAAAAAUUUAAAGUAAAUAACUCUGUGAACUACACAAAAAUUAUAUAAUACAUAUUUGUUUACUUUUAUUUGAAAUAAUAAAGUUGUAAAUAAGUUGUAAAAUACAAUAAAAUAGUACCAUGUAAUAUUCUAGAGAUGUAAA